AUGUCCGGCAACUGGCGUGAGGCCGGCUGGCGACGAGAAUCUCGGGCGCCCGGAAACUACCCUAUCCGUAUGGACUUCGCCCUCUCUGUUCCUGAGUCUGGCACCUCGGCUGCCGAAGAUGUUCUCCGUGCCAUCUCCGACCCAAGUUCGGACAAGUUCGGUCACCAUCUUUCUGCGGACGAGGUAUCUGAGAUGUUUGCCCCAUCAGCAGACGUGGUCCGUCAGACUGCGAAGUGGUUGGACUCUGCCGGCAUACCACGCUCCAGUAUGAGCGUGAGUUCAGACGGCAGCCAUAUUUUCUUCAACAACACCGUCGAGCGAGCAGAACGGCUCAUCGACGCCACGUUCUACAGUUACUCCAAGGACAACUCCAUCCAAUUGGCUACCAAGUCGUUUCGACUUCCCGCACAUAUUUCGGGUAAUAUCGAUGCGGUCCUCCCCGGGAUUGAUUUGGGCGGAGUGCCAUCGGCUGUCGCCAAGGCAAAGCCGUUCAACAUGCUGUCAACGACAACUCUCAAGCGGCAGAGUUCACCAAGUCAACAACUAGACUGCUUCAAGUACAUGACGCCCGAAUGUUAUCGGUCGCUUUACAACAUGCCAACUACCAAUGCUGCCGUCUCUCCUUCGCAAAACUCGUUGGGCAUCUACCAGCCUGCCUGGGUGAGCUGGCUGCCGGAGGAUCUCGAUGGCUUCUUUUCGCGCUUCCAUCCGGGGCUUGUUGGCCAAAGGCCAAAGGUUCCUCCUGCCAAUGGAGGCUACCUGCAGGACGAUGUCAAAAUGUGGCCCUUCAACCUGGAGUCCAAUCUCGAUCAUGAGUAUGCCAUGUCGCUUAUCAGCCCACUCCCGGUCACGAACAUCCAGGUCGGCGAUCAGUUCCUGGGUGGCAAUCUGAACACCAUGCUAGCAGCAUUUAGCAAGGAGUAUUGCCUUACCGGCCUAGAUCCAUACUUUGAUCCCGUGUACCCGAACACGCGACCUGGGGGCUACAACUCUUCGGACUGCGGUGUCUACGAUCCUCCGUCAGUGAUCUCAGUCUCGUACGUCUACAACGAGGCCACCUUUUCUGAGGGGUAUCUCCGGCGCCAGUGCCUUGAGUACUUGAAGCUUGGGUUGCGAGGCGUCAGCGUCAUUGUCAGCUCAGGCGACACCGGGACCUCUCACCAAGGAAAUUCCUGCAUCGACCCCAACUCAGGAAAUGUAACGACAAACGGAACACAUGGCCACUUCACGCCCGCGUUCCCUGCUUCCUGCCCAUGGGUGACCACUGUUGGCGGCACGCAGCUGGUACCCACCAACUCGACCUGGAAGAACGGAACCAGCUGGAAGUCCUUUCCUCCCGAAACAGCCUUCUCCAUUUCGAAUCCUCCUUCGAGUUCGGGCGGCGGAUACAGCAGAGUUUUCAAGACUCCUUUUUACCAACAGAGCGCAUCAAUGUCCUACCUCGACCAGCCUUCCCUGCAGAGUCAUCUGAGAAAUCUCUCGACUGAAGGCUACUUUAACCCGCGCGGUCGUGGCUUCCCGGACGUCUCCGCGGUAGCCAACGAUGUGGUCGCUUACUCCAACGGCAAACUAUGGCGCGUCGCCGGCACGUCGGCGUCAGCUCCUGUGUUUGCAUCCAUGGUCGCCCUCAUUAACAACGCUAGACAGGCGGUUGGCAAAAGUCCCGUAGGAUUUCUCAAUCCUUUUUUGUACGACAUCGGGAAGAAGGCCCUCCGCGAUGCGAAGACGGGUUGGAACAGCGGCUGUGGUGUCACCCAAGCUUUUGCGGCGUCUGAUGGAUGGGAUCCUGUGACAGGGCUGGGAACUCCGAACUUUAGUCGGCUUCUAGAACUGUACAUGAGUCUGCCUUGA